CUUCCUGUGACUUUGAGGCUGGCCUGUGUGGCUGGAGCCAUCUGCCCUGGCCUGGCCUAGGGGGGUAUAGCUGGGACUGGAGCAGUGGAGCCACACCUUCCCGCUACCCCCAGCCCCCUGUGGACCACACUCUGGGCACAGAAACAGGCCACUUCGUUCUCUUUGAAACCGGCGUGCUGGGCCCAGGGGGCCGGGCAGCCUGGCUGCGUAGCCAGCCUCUGCCUGCCACCAAGGCCUCCUGCCUCCACUUCUGGUACCGUAUGGGCUUUCCAGAGCACUUCUACAAGGGUGAGCUGAGGGUGCUCCUGAACAGUGAGCGGGGCCAGCUGACUGUGUGGAGCACGGGCGGGCACCUGCGGCACCAGUGGCUGGAAGGCCAGGUGGAGGUGGCCAGUGCCGAGGAGUUCCAG